AUGUUCACAUCGAAAGUCCACCAAGCGGAAAUAUACCUCCUCAUUCCCCCAACACCUGAGGUACGUUUACACGAAUCUGUUUCAACUCCUCACCAUUAUCCAUCUCAUACUACAAUGCCUAUUUCAAUUGCACCUCCUCCCCCAACGGUUACUUCUCAACCUACUUCAACUCCACCAAUUGCUUCAACUGUUCCUCUUCCACCUCCAAUCAUCACACAAGCAACACCACAACCACUACGACCAAACCUCCGGUUGUUGUUAAUGUAUCUGAUAUGGGGACACCUACCGAAGCAUGAUGACUCCAUCCAACAGGCAACCAAGGCGGUGGAUUCCUCUUCUUUAUCUUGUAAGAAUGCUUCUAUUAAUGUGGCAAAAAUAAUUGAAGAUUCCCAAAUGUUUCUUGAUUCUCUUACGGGAGUUGCUAAGUCCAAUGCUAACAAGGCCAAUUCUGUUGUUGAUUCUCUUUCAAAGUCACUUCAAGAUGAGCAUCAAAAAAUUGAGAUGGUGCGUGAUUCUCUAAAAGCUGAUCAGACUGCUUUCCUCCCAUCCAUCUCCUGUCGCCUUGAUAAACUGCAAAAUGAACUCGCUAUGGAAAAUAAAGUCAUGGACGAACUGGCUCUCAAAACCACUCAGGUCAAAACUCAAGCUUUACAACUCACCCAGGUUCAAAAAGAGAUUGAUUAUCUCAAAUCAUAG